AUGGUAAAAGCCACCAAAGAAGAGAUGGAAGGCGAGCAGCACUUUGCCAAUAACUUCUCUCGCUUACCAUCCAGCGAGUAUUCAGUGCGGUUGCCUCUGAAGCGGAGUGCAGAGCUUCUAGGAGAGUCUUAUGGACAAGCUUAUCGUCGAUUUCUCAGUCUUGAGCGGAAAUUGGGUCGGUAUUUGCAUCUAAAGGAGCAGUACUCGGCAUUCUUCAAAGAGUUUCUGGAUCUGAAACACAUGUCGCUAGUUAGUCCAGAGUUGAGUGGCUGUUGUAAAUACUUCCUCCCACAUCAUUGCGUCUUAAAGGUAGACAGCACCACAGCCAAGUUGCGUGUUGUGUUCGAUGGCUCAGCGAUGACUGGUUCUGGAAAUUUUCUUAAUGAUGUACUGAUGGCGCGGCCAUUGAUGAGCGUGAUGCAUUUCCAAUUGGAUGAAGUUGCUGAAGCCAAAGAGAAAAUUCGUCAGACGGCCAGGAUAUUGUCUCGUGGUAACUUUAAGUGUAGUGUGUAUAUGCCCUAA